CCAGUACUUUCCAAACGGCGGCAUCAGUGGCACAAUUUUGAACGAUCAACAUUUGAACUACUACUACUACUAUUACUACACCAACAACAACAACAACUCCCAGCUUCACCUACUGUUGUAACCCCCUUCCUACUCCCUUCUCAUACAUCUUGAGCUCCUUGUGUUCCGAUUCUCUCUUACGCAUACUUUCCACAAUGGCUGAUACGCAAACCCCGGAAGUCCUCUGGGCCCAGCGCUCGUCGAGCACUGAACCCGAAAAAAAUAUCCUUUUCGUCCACCUCGGUGUGCCCGAUGUCUCCCCCACCUCCGCAAAACUCUCCCUCACUCCAACCUCCAUUUCCUUCUCGGGCCACUCAGACACCAAGAAGGUUGACUACAAGGUCGACCUAGAGUUGUACGAUGAGAUCGACGUCGAUAACUCCAAAUCGAGUCACACCCCGCGCGGCGUCGACCUCGUGCUAAGAAAGAAGGAAGCCAAGGAGGAAUACUGGCCCCGCUUCUUGAAGGAAUCGAAGAAGGUCCAUUUCCUCAAGACAGACUUCGAUAAGUGGGUCGAUGAGGACGAACAAAACGCCGCAGAUGCUGAUGACUUCGGCAACUUGGACGACAUGGGUGGCAUGGGUGGCGGAAUGGGUGGCAUUGACUUCUCGAAACUAGGCGCAGGUUUGGGCGGGAUGCCUGAUAUGGGUGACAUGGGUGCAAUGGGUGAAGGUGGUGAGGAUGAUGGAUCGGACGACGAAAUGCCGCCAUUGGAAGAGGAGGGAACGGACGCCAGCCCCACGGAUUCAAAGCCUAAGAUCGAGGAGGUGGCCUAAACAUGUUUCCUAAUCUCUCUCUCUUUUUUUUUUAAUGGCUUGUGUGUGGUUUACGGUUUUUUGUCCUUUCCAGUCAGCUCUGUAUCGCCAGUUUUUCUAAUAUUACGUUGACUGCCCGGUGACCUUCCAACUUCCUAUUCUUUUUCUUGUGUGCAUGUUUCACCGGCGAAUGUCGACAUGUCAUCAUGUCCUUGCAACGGUCAACAAUCAACGGCCAACUCAAUUUCUUAGUUCUUUUCGAGGCUUUAGGAGUUUUUUACGGUGCAUGGCCCGGGCCAGGGGGUGGGCCGAAGCCCUUUCACUUCUUCACACUGUUUUGUUUGGCAACCUUUUACCUCAAUCCAAAUCUGUCAUGCCACCCCCACCCCCCGAGUUUGGCUUGAAGGGACCUUAGCGCCACAAGCAAAUAGUUUACUUUACGAAGACAAAAAAUAUAAAAUAUAAAAAAUAAAAAGGAAAAAGGGAAAAAGGGGAAAAAGGAAAAAAAUAAAAAAAUAAAACAAAACGCAUUUUUUGUAAAUUAGUUAGGAGAUACCAGAGGCUCCAUUCAGAUAGUUGAUGUAUGAAAUCGACCCGAAUUUUCGAACUAUUGUUGUUUUCAUGAUCAUCUAUCUUUUUCCUGGGCAAUGGGUAUAUGCUUGUAAUAGGGCGCCCCGAAAACUGCUGACAUAAAUAUUAAAUUAACAGUAACUAAUUGAAGAGGAAGAAGAAGAAGAAGAAUAGCAGUAAAGAAAUUGAUAGUGAGAAAGUAGAUGUGUGUCACUGAUUGUUGACUACUGCACUCACAUGUCCCACAUUCUAUAUAUGAAAACCUCACUAUGGAGUAGAUAGAUUAUAAUGACAACAAUGUUGAU